AUGCAAGAAGAAUGCCCUUCAAUUCCGCCGCCCAUCACUAUUGUCUGUGAGCCUUGGAUGAACACGGCAUGGCGAUGUCUUCGUCAGACAAGAAAACUCAGUCUAUAUCUCCUUGCCCUGCCUCCCGUGUUGGUCUUGCCCGGAUGCCAACACCUCACGCAGCAAAACUUCUGCCGUCCGUUGCCUGCGUCCAGGACAUCGGUAACACAAGAAGAUAUCACUGAUGAGAAAAGGGCCAACCAGUGGCGCAGAUGGUCACAAGACGUCAUUCCGUCCCUACUUGUACCGUAUUUAUCCUAUAUGCAACAAACUUCGGUGUUACGUUAUACCAAUGCACUGGGAGAAGCUCAGCAAGAUCUUGCAGUUUGUCAAGCUGGGUGUAGGACUCGGAGGAUUACAGUUGCAUGUGUGCAUUUCGACGCAUUGAAAGAAAUUAACAUCAUCACAUGCCCGUGUUUCCCUGUACCCCUCCAACUCCUUCAUCAUGGUCUGUUUCCAUGCGCUCCUCUCGCUCCUUCACUCACGGUCGACUUGCGCAUUUUAGAGUUCGUCCGUCUUCUCUUUGUAUGCCAGGCUCCCAACCAAACCGCGUGGUGCAAUGCGGUGGAAACCUUUCUAGAUGGAAUGGGGUACAAGUUGUCAUGCAAGAAUAACUUGCGUCGUCGUUUCAGCAAUACUUUCCACUGGUACCGAGUGCUGAGCAUCUUGGUUUGCAAUCACAUUUCUACUGUCAUCGCUGACGUUCGGAGGGGUCAGGCACAUAUCCCACUCAUCGAUCAGCCAUCUGAAUACCUUCAUUCUCGUUGCCUGCUUUGUUUCAGAGGAAAUGCUUGCCAUGGAGCAGAUGCUCGUUCUAUCCCAGACGUUGUUGUUUGCAUAGAUGCCUGCUUUACUCAAAAGCGAUUGACUAAUCCUCGCAAUACUAGCAGUAUCAACCCUCCUAAUCCGACUCCAACAUUCUUUCUGUUGAACGACGAUGUCAAAGCGAUGGAGGAUUUUGUAAAAAGUUGUCGCAGAGAAAGACGGCGAACGAGAGCCUCGAGAGCGGAAGAGGAGGAGGAUCACUAUGAAGAAGGGAUGCAUGUGCCAGUGUCUGUGUUGAAUGGAUGCAGAGAAUCCUUCGUUGCUGCAGACAAAAAGCGUGAAAGGGCAAGUACUCGUUUUUUUACCGACACAGGCCUGAUGGCCCUUCUAUGCAGACAUGACCGUGUCCUCUGGCUUGUCAACCUCACAUCAGCAGGGGAAAAGCAACACUAUGCGCUCGCUCUCCUGGACCAGUUGUUCAAGCACAUACCCCCUCAGAUGACCGUAGGACUUCUCUAUGACAUCGGAUGUCAACUUGAACGAAGCUGCCGAAAAUGGAAUCUUCUCGAUGACAAUACCCUAUCGCGCAUAUCCUUCGCUGUUGCGGUAUUCCAUGCCUAUGGCCAUCAAUGGCCCUGUCAGAUCAUCUACCAUCCGAGGAAGCGCGAGGGUUUUGGAUUGUCUGAUGGUGAGGGAUGCGAACAAUUAUGGAGUUCUCUCAAGCAACUCAUCCCAUCGUUACGCAUUUCUGGGCGAUGGCUACAUUGCCAAAUUAAGAAGAACGUGGCUCUGGAUGGUUUACUGGACUUAGAUGUCAACGAGGAUAUCCUUCAUGCUGAAUGGAAGGCACAAAUUGCUCACCAGACCCGACCCAUCCCACGGCAAUCCAAGAACAAGGCGGCGGAGGUCAUUACCACUAUUCUUGUGCUGGAGAAGACCCUGGAUGCUCACGAGAUUUCUGUCCAUGAGCUAGAGAUGCAGCUUUAUGUAGGUGCCAUUGCUAAUGUCGUGGAGUUCAAUCUGCAGCUCGCCGACACUCGGUCACGACGUGCCAAAAUUGCAGAUACCCUUCGACAUCAUAAGGCUACCCUUGGACCACAAGGACAGGCCGAUCUUAUGAUGAUGAAGAAUGACAUCUACCUUACCAUCCGCUUGAAUGCUCGCACAGUAAAAACUCAAAUUAGGGACCGUCUCCAACACAAGCUUCGCUCGAACACCCAGUAUUCAAUCAAACAGCGAGAACCUGCAAUUCUCAAACUAGUUUCAACUUACAACAGCCUAUCUCCCCCAUCUGCUAUUCCCCCUCAUCCUAUUGCUUGUGAAGGCAUCUUUCUACUCUACGUGGAUGAUGAAAUCUGGCAAGAUAUUGGCCUCGACGAUGACAGCAUGCACCCGCCAGCAUGGUUAUCGGAUGAGGCCACCAGGUCUGGUAUUUGUUUACAGCUUGAAUUAGAUUGUUGCAUUGAAGAGGAGACUUGUUUGAUGCGAGAGCGGUCUGUGAUGCAGGAAUAG